GCAAAAAAACAAGUCUACAGCUGUUCUACACAUGUUGAAUGUUGUGCUUGUCAUAAGAAUGCCAAGUUUAGGGUUAUGCUUAAGCUUAAGGAAAGGUGACCCUACUUAGUGGAAACUUAAAACAUCUUUCUUUGAUCUACAUUCAUUGCUUUUUUCUGUUAAGAAAUGAACCAGUGUUCAUUGAAAUGUACUUAUUUUACCAUGACAAGGAUACCAGUGAAGGUAUUGUUCAUAACAGGAAUGGUCUGCUUCUGUAUUCUUUGGCAGGGGACACUUGAUUCUCUAGUUGGUUGGUUGUGGUCAUGCACAAUAUGUAAGUUCAAGAGAGAUCACAUCAUUGUUUAAUUUAUCAUUUGGUAGUCACUGGUGCCAAGUAACAAUUGUCUCUAUGUGACUAAGUGAGUGAUAUUGGCUUUCUAGAAAAUUACAAAUUGGAAACUUUUUCAGAAAUUUUUCCAGGGCCCUGAAUGUAUAAGACAUCUGAUCUGGCAUAUUUAUUUGACAUAAUCUUUUAAUGGAGCUCUGAUGUGGCAUAUUUAUUUGACUUAAAAAACAAAACAAAAGCCCAAAGCUAAAAAAUUAUCCCAUGCUCAUUUUAUGUGCUGUAUAAAUAUCUUAAGUUUCCUAAUUGCAAGUCUUUGGGCUGAAGUACUUGAUUACAAAAAAAAAUAAAAAAAUAAAAAAAUAAAAAAAUUCCAUGAAGCACAUUUAAUGUGCUUGUUUCUAUCCAAACACAAUCAAAACUUGAUGUAGAAAUAAUUUUUCUUGGAAUACUUAAAUGUUUCAAGACAGUAGGUUUUAUAUAACACAGAAUAGUGUUUUCUACAAAUGCUUCCAACCUUUUCAGCUCAGCAAAAGAAAUUAGAAACGCAUCUGAGUAUGCUUGUGAAAUCAAAACUAAUCAUUUUUAUUUUGCUUUCACUUGUUGUCAGAGAUGGCAUAUGAAUUUUAGCUUCACUUUUGAUUUGAUUUGCACAGUUGAUCAAGUGAAUUUGUAAUUAGAUAUUUCGGUUUGGAUUAUUAUGUAUCCUUUUGAUUUUAUCCUCCUGGUCCUGUUUACAAAUCAGUAGGUGUGUGUAGGUAUGUGAUAUAUAUUACACUCAUUCUCUCUCAUUUUGUAGGAAUAAUCACCUGAAAAAAGUUAAUUACGACUUUGAAUCUGCUCAGUUUGCCUGAUAUUGUAUUGGUAUCCAUUCAUAAUACUGCAUUGUUCUUCCAACUAUUCUGUGGAAAAAGUUCCAGUUGUGCUCACUCUAUGUGAAGACUGUCCAGCAGCAUCCUGGAAAUCAGGAAUAUCUUGCUUGCUCUUUUAUACACUAUACUGUGGGUUUAAAGAAGAGUCUGUCCAAAUGAGCAAGACAUCCCAGCAGAACCCAACUGCAGAAACCAAUGGAGUAAGUGUCAUUUACACCCAAGGAAGUGCAAGUGGACUGCAGCAGGUUCCUCAGUUGGUGCCUGUUAGUCCUGGAGGUGGAGGCAAAGCUUCACCUCCCAGUAAGCAGGGUAAGAAGAACUCCAUUGUUGACAGGAACAGCGAUGAGUACCGCCAGCGCAGGGAGCGCAACAAUAUGGCUGUGAAAAAGAGCCGCUUGAAAAGCAAGCAGAAGGCCCAGGAUACAUUGCAGCGGGUCAACCAGCUUAAAGAAGAAAAUGAACGCUUGGAGGCCAAAAUCAAGCUCCUGACAAAGGAGCUGAGUGUGCUCAAAGACUUGUUUCUUGAACAUGCUCACAACUUCACAGACAGUGUGCAGCCACUUGGCGCGGAAAGCACUGCAGCAACUCCAGAUGGCUCUGAACCAUAGAUGCACCUCUGGCUCAUGGGCAGAACAGUGUGGACGCCCUCCCUAUGCAAGUCGGGUUCAGCAUCAGAGGAGGCUCUUCUCUAACCUUUGUACCAACUGUCCUUUUGUGGUUUCAUUUUUUAAAUAGUAGGCUUAACACUGACGGGUUGAUGCAAGUAAACUGCAAGUUGUUUCUUACUAAGUAUUUGUUUUAAACUAAGUGUUAAUGUAUUUUCUUCUCUGGCAUUUUUGACUUGUGAACAGUGAUCCAAAAUGGACAAACAUCCAAAGUUACUGUCGCUGAAAUUAAGACUGUGAUGUUAAUCUACUAUUCAUUUAAUUGGGCAGCAUCUUUUUCUUUUCUUUUUAAACUAGGAGACCUUUUAAAAAGAUCAUGGGUAGCAGGUACCCGCCCAGAAAAGGUACUCCCUCCCUCUUGCAAAGGGAUGUGUGUAUUCUGAAGGCAAGGCCUGCAUUAUCUAGGAGGAAAAGAGUAUCACUUUGUUAAACAAUCUCUUCAAGUGUUUCUUCAGAACGACUUCUUUGCAGUUGUCAGGUUCCCAACUUGCUUUGUAAUUUAGGGUGGAGUGUUUCAGACAUGUAGCACAAACCCUUGUUGGGUAUAACUCCUAUAGUUCAUGGGAGUCUGCAUAGUAAUAGUGCCUAUCACAUUGUAAAGAGAGAAGGGAGGGAAAGAGGGAUUAUUGCAUUCAGAGGAUUAUUGCAUUCUGUGUUCUGUUAAGGACAUAAGAAAAGCCCGGCUGGGUGACUUGGCCUCUGGUGUCAGUCAGACUGUGAGUGGGUCUCCGACUCCCAUCACUGUGAGAAGGUAAUAGCUUCACAGGGAAACUGUGUUUGAAUGUGGGAUCUCUGAGCUGUUGUGAUGAAAUCUGCUCAUUUGGCCCACACCUGUUCUCGGUGUAGGAUCCUGAGGGCAGAGCUCUCUUCAAGGAUCACUGGCCCUUUGUGAUAAGUAGCAAUGAAUCGCCACUGAUGCCUGCAGAAGACUGGUCCACAGUCUGUAAAGGGCUACCCAGAAGGGUCACCAAGUCAAGCAGAUGUGUCUUUUCAGGCCCUACACAUCUGCUCCAUGCUGUCGCCAACAGUACAGCUCGGCACUGCACUGCUGGCAAGAAGCAAAUAAGCGGGAAGGUCCCUGCAUUCUUAGCUCAAUCAGGCAAGUAAAGAUAUGGAACACUCAUCCAGUGAGAGACUACAGUAUGACUUGGCUACUAGGGAUGUGCAUGGAACCAGUUCGGAGGGUGUGUGUGUGUGUGUUUGCUUUAAAGGACAAGGAAGGUGCUGCCUACCUCUCAGCCCCCGCCCUGCUGCUUUCUCCCGUGGACGCUCUCCCCAAAAGUGUGGGCACAGGGCUGUAGCAUUUCGCUUUGUAAGCCCUGUUCAGCUUCGCCACGCAAAUGGCCGAUGCAUGUGCGUCAGCCAUUUCAAUAGCGAUGCUGAACAGGGCUGCAAGGAGAAAUGCUACAGCCCUGUGCCCAUGCUUUUGGGGAGAGCACUUGGGGGCAGGGGAGACAUGGCUGGACAGGUAAGAUGCACUCCCCCCCCAUCCUCCCAGGAAUGCCCACAGUAGCCAUCCCUAUUGGCUACUUCCUACCCUGUGACCCAAAUUAUGUGGGUAUUUAAUUCUGCAGCAACCUAAACUAGGUUUCAGAUCCAUUUUUUUUAAUUAAAAAAAAUCAGCUUCACAAAUAAUCCAAAAAUUUAAGUCUCUUGUCCUUUUUUGCUUUUCUUUUGGGGAAUAAAACUUUAGCUUUUACAUAAUGUUCAGAUGUUGGUGAUAAGUCCCUUUCUACACUUUUGUGCUGUAUAGGAAACUUAAUACAUUAAACAAAGCAGGGAAGUUGAUGUAACAUUAAUUUAUUUUCUCUUUCGAAAUAUUUUCAUUCAUGGUAUGUUUGCAUACGAUUGAUUUAUACCUCCCCUUUCCUUGCAGUCACUGUGUGUAUGUUGUGUAUGUAUUUAGACUGGGGCAAGAACUCAGUUAUGAUAGAAAAAAUUAAAAGAAAACGCUUACAAAAA